CUAGUUGCUACCGGCUCGAACUUGACAGUUGUCAUUAAUUAGGUAGCACACUUUGAAUUCUCAUUUUCCCUCACUUAUAUAAGUGGAAGUGGAAACGCACAUCCAUAUAUAAUCCAUUGCUUGCGCAUAGUUCAAUAUGGCAAGUCUUACUAUUUUCGCCCAUGCAACUGCAACCUCACUUUUUUCCCGCCCCAAUUUCCCAGCGAGAACCACCGCCAUUACCUGCAGCGACACCGUUAAAAUCGUCAACAACAGCAAAACUUACUCAAUGGCGCCAUUGCCGGUAGUGUCUCCGAGCUCGUUACGGUGCCAACCCGGUUACUUGAUACCAAAUUAUCCGGUAGGCGGUAAUGGGGAUGAUACUGGAUUCCAGUAUCUGAUCGACAUUUUGAGUACGAGAGUGUAUGAUGUGGCAUGCGAAUCCCCAUUACAGCUUGCGCCGAAGCUUUCAGAGAAGCUCGGGAUUAACGUCUGGCUCAAACGAGAAGAUCUUCAACCCGUGUUCUCAUUCAAGCUUAGAGGAGCUUACAAUAUGAUGGCCAAUCUCUCAGAGGAGCAGCUGAAAAGAGGGGUCAUUUGCUCAUCAGCUGGGAAUCAUGCUCAAGGUGUUGCAUUAGCUUCUCACAGACUUGGCUACAGUGCUGUCAUUGUCAUGCCUGUUACUACACCUGAGAUUAAGUGGAAAUCAGUAAAGAGAUUGGGUGGUAAUGUUGUUCUUGUGGGAGACGCGUAUGAUGAAGCACAAGCAUAUGCGAAAAAGAGGGCUGCAGAGGAAGGCCGUACGUUCAUCCCUCCUUUCGAUCAUCCGGAUGUGAUAGCAGGGCAAGGUACUAUCGGUAUGGAGAUCAAUCGCCAACUCAAAGAUAAAAUUCACGCGAUAUUUGUGCCUGUUGGUGGAGGGGGUCUUAUAGCUGGUAUUGCUGCCUAUAUGAAAAGGGUUGCCCCUGAUAUAAAGAUUAUUGGAGUUGAGCCAUUUGAUGCAAAUGCAAUGGCAAUGUCGUUACACUAUGGUCAGAGAGUAAUGCUGGACCAAGUUGGAAACUUUGCAGAUGGUGUAGCUGUUAGAGUGGUUGGUGAAGAAACUUUUCGUCUCUGUAAGGAACUCAUAGACGGGGUGGUCCUAGUUGAUCGCGAUGCUUUAUGUGCAUCGAUAAAGGACAUGUUUGAAGAAAAAAGGAGCAUAUUAGAGCCUGCAGGUGCACUUGCUCUUGCAGGAGCUGAAGCAUACUGCAAGUACUAUGGCCUCAAGGAUGAAAAUGUAGUAGCAAUAACAAGUGGAGCCAAUAUGAACUUUGACAGUCUAAGAUUGAUAAACGAAUGAUAAGCUAUGUAUAUUCUAUACUUAAUUCAAGGAGGACGAAGCAACAAAAUCUAGAUGAAGUGGAGGAUUGAGCACUUUCUUAUAAGUUAAUGAAUAUUCUGUUAGGCAGUUUCUUAUAGUUAGCAGAAGUUGUAUGUUUUAAAUGUUGUUAAAUAGUAAUGGGUCAUCCUAUUAUCUAAAUAUGCAUCUUAGUAGUGGAAAGUUGUGUUGUAAUCAUCUACUGUGACAGAUUGUUCUAAGAGAUACGAGAUGCUUGUGUGUGUCUCUCUAUCAUUAAUAAUAUCAGUAUAACUUCUAUCUAUUUAUCCAUUACUGAACCUCUGUUUCUGUUAGCGAACUUGCAGAUGUUGGUAGAAAGUGCCAAGCUGUGCUAUCUACUUUUAUGCCAGAAGAGCCGGGAAAUUUUAAUCAGUUCUGUAAACAGGUCAGACCAAGGAUGAAGUUUACUGGAUUCAAGUACAGAUAUAAUUCUAGCAAAGAAAAAGCUCUAGUACUUUACAGGCAAGGUUCUUGAUCU